AUGGCGCCGCCGCAGCUGCCGCCCGAGAUCGUCGAGGACAUCCUCCUCCGCUUCCCACCCGACCACCCGGCGCACGUCGUCCGCGCGGCCCUCGUGUGCAAGCACUGGUCCCGUCUCAUCGCGGGUGGCGACUUCCGCCGCCGAUACCGGCAGCGCCACCGGGAGGCCCCCGUGCUGGGGCUCGUCGCCAACCUCGCUGACACCGGCGGCGCCGCCCGCUUCGUCCCCACGCGCUGCGCCUUCCGCCCGGCCCGCACCGAGCGCCCCGGCUACCGCGCGCACGACGCCCGCCACGGCCGCGUCCUCCUCAAUAGGAUGCGCGCGCCCCCGGGCCAGGAGGCGGCGGAGGACUCCGCCCUCGCGGUCUGGGACCCCAUCGCCGAUGAGCAGCGCCGCCUGCCCCUCCUGCCUCGGCCCCGGUACGUGCGCACAUGGAACGCCGCGGUGCUCUGCGCCACCGCCGCCGCCGCCUGCGACCACCUCGACUGCCACCGGGAGCCCUUCCGCGUCGUCUUCGUCGGCAUCGACGCCAAGGAGAUGUUCGCCCACGUCUACUCUUCGGAGUCCGCCGCGUGGAGCGAGGCAACGACCGCAGAUCACCCAGGUGAUGACCAACUCGACGUCGCCUUGCCCGGCGUUCUGGCCCGCGACGCGCUCUACUUCCUGCUCCACGGGAGGGAGACCAGGAUACUCAAGUGCGAUCCGGCCACGCUGGAGAUGUCUGUGGUUCGCCUACUGCGUAUCCACUCCUAUGCUCCGCGCAUCGUGCUCAUGACAAUGGAGGACGGCGGGCUGGGAUUCGCGCAGGUGGACUUGAAUUGUACACUCAGACUCUGGUCCAUGAAGAUUCGUCCAGACGGUGGUCUGGGGGCAGAUGGAGAUACACGAGAGUGGGUGAUAAGCAGAGCCAUCGACCUCAAGGCGCAGCUCUUUACUCCUAGGCAGCUCCCUCCUCACGCCCUCGGUUUUGAUGCCUCACCACUGUGUGUGGUGGUUGCCUUUGCGGACGGCGCCGGCGUCAUCUUCCUCAAGACGAAUGAUGGUCUCUACUCUUUUGAUCUCAAGUCUGAUGAGGCCGUGAAGGUUGACAUGAGCAGUGGCUUCUACGACAUUAUUCCCUUCAUGAGCAUCUACACUCCAGUGUUACGAGUGGCCACCACAGGCUUGGACAGCAAGAGAAAAUGUGUAACCAUGCAGACACUGAUAGGUCAACAAGAUUUCAGAGAGAUGAAGGAUUCAGGGACAUAUGUACAGGACAGCAUUCUCAGGCCAGGUGUUGGUAUCUGA